GUAUGUUAGGGUGUUUGGGUUCACGACAUAACUCAGUAUUCUGCCGUUCAGUCUAGUCGAGACCCGGACUUGACCCCGGAGAAGAUAUAUUGCAGGAGAAGCAGUUCGUGGGAUGGUGCCGUAAUGGAUGACACGACUCAUUCACUGUGUGUGAGUUGUGAGGAUUAGUACAGGCUCCUGGGUUGAAGAACUCCUGCCAGGAUGGCCUGUGGGUCAUCCACUCUGUUGCACUUCCCAUCUGAGAUACUUCUUCAGGUGUUUCAACAUGUGGACUACAAAGAUCUGGUCAACUUGUCCCUUGUCAACAACCUGUUCUGCAAUGUAGCUACUGAUGAUUCUCUCUGGAAAAUACAGUGUGACAAAUGCUUCAUGCUUCAGGAGUGCCCUGAGGACAGUACAUGGAAAGAGUUGUUUCUCAAAUAUUAUGGAAACUAUGGUGAUGUCCUUGGUGUCUAUAUAAGGAUUCGCACAGCAUGGAACAAGAUCAUGGGUUACCUGAAGAAGUAUGACAAAGUCAUCACUAGCACUCUCCUGCCUCCUGCCACUGAGGAGCAGUUACGAGAGGCGGAGAGUAAACUGGGCUGCCGCUUCCCAGAUGAUAUGAGGUGUUCCCUUAAGAUUUAUAAUGGGCAGAAACAAGGGGCAGGCCCAGGGCUGCUUGGCUGUAUUGCAAUAUCAACUCACUUCAGAUCAGAAAAGCUCUUGGAUUGCAAAACUAUUGCUGAGAAUUUCAGUGUUGAAGACGAUUCCCCCUUCCCCGGCUGCACUCCCAUCACCUACUGCUGCAUGACACAGCGCUGUCAGCUGAUGAGCUUCAGGGAGGAGUAUGGGAUUCCCAACGGACAGAUAUUCUUUCCUUGUGCAGAUGGAGAUUCCAAAGAUGAUGAUCUGGAUGCAUUCAUAUGUGGUAACACCUACACGGAAUGGCUGGAGGAACUAGCAGAGCUCAUGGACAAAGAAAUCUUCUACAGAAUAAAGGGAUGUCAUUUCAGAUUCCUGGAUGUACCUGACUGUGUGAGAGUUACAAGAGACAUGUUCACAGUGAAGGUGGGCACAUGCUUCAUGCCAGACCUCAGUACUGUGCAUCCUCCAAGCUUCUUCUAUGUCUACAGAAUAACGAUGAAGAUGCAUGAUGAUGCCCCGAGGAAAGAAUCUUGUCAGCUUUUGUCACGGUACUGGUCCAUCACCGACAUGGAUGGGAAUGAGGAAAUUAUGGAGGGACCAGGGGUAGUAGGUGAAAACCCUGUUCUGAUUCCUGGGGAGGAAUUUUCUUGGGAAAGUGGAACAACAUUCCCUACAACGUAUGGCAAUAUGAAAGGCCAUUUUGUCAUGAUCAAUCUUGAAAAAGGCACUGAAUUCCGCAUAGAAUGUCCUGUGUUUCACAUGAAAUGUCUACCUUAUGAAACAUCAGCGCAGCGGAAGGAGAGAGUCGAAGAACGAAAGAAGAAUUUGUAAAUAGCAGGAUGCUCCAAGUUGUCCUGCAUACUGUGUUACAUAGUCAGAUGCUAAUGUGUCGAGGUUGAAAGGACCUGUGUAAAUACUGUGUUACACAGUCAAAUGCUAAUGUGUCGAGGUUGAAAGGACCUGUGUAAAUACUUUGAGUUAUUCAAGAUCUGACACAACCAAACAUGACUGAUAAAGUCACACAUUUUCUUUGAGACAUGCACAAGUUUGAUUCAGCAAUUUUUGACUGUACCUCUAAAAUAGCUACUGAACACCCAGGCUACAUUUGUUUGAAGUGAGGAUGGGAAAUGAGUGGUGACCUGGCCAAACAUGGGAUGGAAGUGGAUACAGUUGUUUCAGUAGAACCUGGAGCGUGCUGGACUGAUGUGGACAGGGAGACAAGCAGCAGAAGCCAGCCGACAGAGUUACACAGGACAACAAACAUCGAGGUCAUGACUCAUAAUGUACAGGAAGACACUUGCACUUAUCUCUGCUCACGAUUUCCUUCCUCAUUCUACAAUUUCUCUUCCUCCAUGAAACAGGAUUGGGUGGUCAGGCUCGCUGACUUGGUUGACUGAUGUCAUUGUAUCCCAGUUGUGUAGAUCGAUGCUGAUGCUGUUGAUCGCUGGAAUGUCUGGUCCAGACUCGGUUAUUUACAGACUGUCACCAUAUAUAGCUGGAAUUUUGCUGAGUGUGGUGUACAACUAAACUCACUCACUCUUCCUGCAAUAUGUAAUAUCGUGGUGUUUGCAUAUAGUAAUGCAGUUGUCCAUCCGUCCAUCUGUUUCUCUGGCUGUCUGAAUUGUGUAAUCAUUUUUUUAUCUCCAACAAUAAAUAGGUAUCUUUCAUGAAAUUGUGCACACACAAAGACCAGGAUGUGCCUUUAGCUAUUUCA